GACUGGACGGAAAAUUAUCUCGCAUCGUUUAUGUAGAUAAUAUAGUAAACCACUUGAUUGUUUAGGAAUUUCCGGUGGGCUCCCAUUCGUUCCUAUUCUUGAUCAGUCCUGUUCGAAGUGGGCAAGUGAUUUCGUCUAAAGAGAGCGUAUCAACGUGGUUAUUUACGCUUCGCAAAACUCGUAUCGUGUCUUAACUCAACGCGACAUGCCUCUUUCUCUCUGGGAAGAUCACUAAGUGAAUUAAAAAGUGUCUCCUAGGAUAUCACUCGUCUUGUCACAAUUCUCAAUUUCCUGUAUUACACCUCGAAUAUUUGGCUAUAAAAGCGGGAAGAUCCUCUCGUCAGUUCCAAACCUAUUCAACCAUGAAUUUUGCCGCUGUUUUGACAGUGCUAAUUGUUGGUGUGGACUUCGAGUGUUUGGGUUGUACAAUUGUCAAUCACAAAUUGCCAUCAAGGCCCAAGUUGUCGUACUUCCAUAAAGCCUGGCACUUCUACGAGUAUCCUUGCGAAUGCGAAAUGGGUCCGAUUGAUUACUCAAGCCUUCAAUUUCGAGUCCGUGAUAUUCACGCUCGAAUCAUGCCCAGGGACUUGUUGUAUGAGUCGGUCAAUCAAUCCUUUGUGGCGACCUAUUUGGGAUUCGAUCUGCACAACAUGACCAUGGCUCAACAUCUUCUGGCGGCUUUCUUUGACCUGGAGUUGGCACUUUUUCGAAUUCGGAACAUUGCUCCCAACGGAGAGUGCUCGAAUGUUCCAUUUCUGGUCCAAAAUGGAGUCCUACACCAAGAGCUUGAAUCGACUUUGACCAGUGUCCAAAAUGGCAUUCAGAGUCAUUUGUGUCAAAACGAGGACAUCUACCAAUUGAACUCCUUGGAAGAAUUGAAGAAUCGUCAAGUUAAGACGAGCUAUCCAUGCUCCGCAAUUGAACUGUUAACGCACCGAAAUCUGGACUACGUGGUUUACGUUCUUGGCUUGAUCGAGGAGGAUAUUCAAGGAGAAGAGAUGAGUGUCUGAAACUUUCAGAACUUUCAGCCUUUUCGAUUCAUUCUCUUUGUCUAAUGCUUUCGAGAAAAAUAUAUGAUAUUGCAAUGGAACUUCCUGAUUCAGCAUUUAUUGUUUUAUUCUGAACGGAUUAGACAUUUUGCGCAGAUUUGGAUUGGGGGGCUGAAACGUCCGAUUCAAUCUGAACCCAUCGAAUGCAAAGAUCCAAUCUGAAUAUUC